GUACAGAACAUGGCUGUAAUAUAUUUCUAGGCUCGGGCAUCAACAGUAUCUCGGCAAAACUUCCGUGGAUUUCAGUGAGGAAUGUGAACACAGACACAACAACCUCUGCACAGCCGGAGACACGGGAGUGCACUGCUUUUAAGGCUUUUACUUCUUUUCCCUCUUUUUUCACCCCCUUUAAUAAAAGUCCAUUUCGUUUCGAGGCGGGGAGAUUACUGCAGGGAGUAAUCUCACCACGUUUUGACAGGAGUCGAUGGAUGCGUUUGUCUUUUUAUUCCCCGUAUAUUAAAAUCGGGAAAAUCGGGGAAGAUACUGCGAUAAUUUUUUUCUUAUUUGUUAGCAUUCCUUAUUCUCCUACUAAAUCAACAAGCUCCACAGAGCGCGACGCCGGGAGCCGCUGCGCGGAGCAGCGCCGGUGCGCGUUAGCUCUGACGGACGCGCACUCGCUUUGGAGACUGCCGUGAGCUUUGCAGAUCCCAGUGCUGAAACAUUCAGGCACCGCAGCAGUGUUUAAGUUAAAUCCCAUCGUUCGGGAGAAAUGAGCCGUUUCCCUGUCGGUCCCCAUGGCCCCAGGGGCUCCCCGGCGCACUUGUGCGCGGCGAUGCGGGGCCGAGCCUGAUCGGCUUGGUGGCGGCCGGGACCGGGGCCGCCGCACGUGGAGAGCGAUGGUGCGAUGGCAGGUGUUAUCGGUGGCAGGUGCUAAGACCGAGCAGAGGGACCAGGUAUAAAGAAUGCGGAAUGCGCCGAGCGCCUCUUCUCCCUCUGCUGAAGCGCCCGCCGCGGGUGCCGCCGACACGGAGCGGUGUCUGUGUGUCGGGUUUUCUAUACCCGCACCAGUGCAGCCGCGAUGCUUGUGGUGCUCCAUACCCGUUAUCUGUGCCCGGGCGCCUACGCCCACACAGAGGCCUGGCGGAUGUCCCUGCCGAUGGAGCAACGGCGGGCACAUCUCUGCGGCCAGAGGUUUCGCCCGACGGCGGCGACAGCGAUAAGCGGCAGGUCCCGGCACCGGGCUGUGAACAAAGACGCGGGGUUGGGGACGGUGGCAGGCGCGGUAGUGGGGACGAAGCAUCCCGGAGGCGAGAGGAGAGAGAAAGGCCGUCUAGGCUGGGGGGCCGACCUGGUGCCACAGGUGGGAAAGGCGCCGGGGGCCUGGCAGGGGAAGCUGGCGCCGGCAGAGACCGCGGCUGCAGCCGGCAAAAUAAACAGGGGGGAGCGGGCUGAAAGCUGGGCUGAAAGCGAAGGAGAGCGAUAAAGAGAAAGAAAAGAAUAUUAAAUCGCGAGAGAAUGAGAAAAUAACCCCGCCAAAGGGAGAGGAGGGGAGAGGCCGCCUGCUACGGCGUGGGUGGGGUCGACAAGAAUAGAGUACAUUAUGCAGUUCAUUUAGUUAACAAGGGAAAUAAUGAGGGAGCGUGCGGCGUGAAUGCCAAGAGAAGAGCCACAGAAAGCCCAUUGAGCGCCCGGCGCCGCCAUCACAUGGCGCGGGCGCUAUUUAAAGCGGGCGGCGGGCCCCGUUCAGCACCACUCAGGCUGGCCAGCGGCGCCGCGCGGGGGCUGCGCGGGCGCUGCGUGGGGCCAUGCCGCGCUCCUUCCUAGUGGACUCGCUAGUGCUGCGGGAGGCGGGCGAGAAGAAGGGGGAGGGCAGCCCGCCGCCGCCGCUCUUCCCCUACGCCGUGCACCCCUCGCACCCGCUGCCCGGGCUGCCGGCCGGCGCCUGCCACGCUCGCAAGGCCGGGCUGCUCUGCGUCUGUCCGCUCUGUGUCACCGCCUCCCAGCUGCACCCGCCGCCGCCUGCCAUCCCCCUCAUCAAGGCCUCCUUCCCUCCCUUCGGCUCUCAGUACUGCCACUCGCCCCUGGCCCGCCAGCAGCACUCUGUCUCCGCCGUCAGCGUCGGGCACGCACCGGCGCUCUACCAGGGCACCUACCCGCUGCCAGACCCCCGUCAGUUCCACUGCAUCUCCGUGGACAGCACGUCCAGCCAGCUGCCCAGCAGCAAGCGGAUGCGCACCGCCUUCACCAGCACGCAGCUCCUGGAGCUGGAGAGGGAGUUCGCCUCGAACAUGUACCUCUCCCGGCUGCGGCGAAUCGAGAUCGCCACCUACCUGAACCUCUCCGAGAAGCAGGUGAAGAUCUGGUUCCAGAACCGACGGGUCAAGCACAAGAAAGAAGGCAAAAGUAGCUCACACCGGGGCGGGGGGAGCGGCCACAGCUGCAAAUGCUCAUCCCUUUCCACCAUCAAAUGCUCGGAAGACGACGAGGACUUGCGCAUGUCUCCGUCCUCCUCGGGGAAGGACGACAGAGGUCUCGCAGUCACGCCCUAGCCCCCCGCACACCCACCCCGGCUCCCCAGGAACUGUGGCGAGAGCAGGGGAAGGAGGCCUGCCUGCCCCGGUGCUGAAAUGCAGCCGAAGGAUUUUAUAAUGUUUUGUAUAAUUUGUGUAAUUUACAAAGGACUUUCUAGUCUUUCUAGACCCCCGGCCCACGAGGACGGGUACCCUGGCACCCUGUUGUAAAUAAAUUGCUCCCUAGGACCCCAGGCGCCCCCC